CUCGGCCUGCGCGGCCUGCAGCGCCUCAGCCUGGGCGGCAACCGUCUACACAGCAUCCCGCCAGACAUCCAGGGCCUGCAGAGCUUAGAGUUUUUAUACCUUGGAGGAAAUUUCAUUACUUCAAUCCCACCUGAGUUAGCAAACCUGCCUUCACUAAGCUACCUGGUACUGUGUGACAACAAGAUCCAAAGUAUCCCGCCACAGCUGGCUCAGUUGCAUUCCCUACGUUCCCUUAGCCUCCACAACAACCUGUUGACAUACCUCCCCCGGGAGAUCCUCAACCUGGUUCACCUGGAAGAGCUGAGUUUGCGUGGGAACCCUUUGGUGGUUCGGUUUGUCCGUGACCUGACCUACAAUCCCCCAAGUCUCCAGGAACUGGCUGGGCGAACCAUUAAAGCCCGCAACGUUCCCUAUGGUCCCAGUGAUCUCCCUGAGAAUCUUCUCAAAUAUCUGAACCUGGCCAGCAACUGUCCCAAUCCCAAAUGUGGGGGUGUCUACUUUGACAGCUGUGUCCGACAAAUCAAGUUUGUUGACUUCUGUGGGAAGUACCGCCUCCCACUGAUGCACUACCUGUGCUCUCCAGAAUGCUCCUCACCCUGCAGCUCUGCCUCGCAGAGCUCCACUUCUCAGAGCGAGUCUGAUUCAGAGGACGAAGCCAUUGUUGCUGCACACAGGAUGCAGAAAGUUCUUCUUGGAUAAAAGGGAUUGAGGGAGAAAAGGCUGGAAAAGAAACAUGUUAGAAAAGCAAUAAUGGAACUGCAAAGUCUGAGGGUCUUGCCUGAGGAGCUUAUAGAAACUGCCGUCAAGUCACAUGGGGGCAGAACAUCAUCUAAGCAAAUGUAGGAUUGCUUGGUGCAGUGCUACUUAGAAGAACUAACUCAAUGAUGCACCUACAUGUAGGAGUGUUCCAGAGCUAGUGGUUGGUACAAAGUCCACCACAAAGGUCUGCUUUCUGAGAGGUCUGCCUGAAAAUGGGAGAUGGGACCUGCUCUGGUUAGGAGGGUGGUUUAAAUGGGUUCUAAAGCACGACACUUCACUGAACUGCUAAGCACCUUAUGAAGCAAAGGAGACUGCCCCAGGACAUAACACUGCAGUCAAUCAGAAAUGGUGUAACACCUAUAUUGUGCAUGCCUGUGGACUCAAGGCUGUGUUUGUCAGCAGAGGUUUUGUUUCUUUGUAUCACACUUUAGCACCCUGCUGUCUCCUUGAUUUCCAGUUACAUAUUCAUACAGCUCCCAAAGUAAGAAUUCUUUUUAUGGGGUGUGGAUUUUCUAAUCUCUGGUUACUCUUCCUUUGCUUCAGACUUGGGAUCUCCGUCCUGUUGUGAAUAUUACAGCCUUAGAACUGAGCCUUAUUUGGUAUUUAUCUGCCUUUUUAUACUGAGCUGCUGUUUGCCUUCUCUUUAAGUCCAUCCUGAUUCUCUAAUUGCAGCUGGUGCAUCUUGCCUCAAAAUAUAGACAAGUUGUCUCACUGAGACUUGAUGUCAGUUCAGUUCUACAGCCAUGUGCCCCCAAGCAAAGGACCAAAUGUUUUGCCCAGCAAUGUGCUUUGAACUCUGAUUCUAGUGGAGCAAGUCUGCUCUUAAACCUCUGCAACUUGUAUGGGCAACUCUUGAUUAAUCUUUCUGUUUAAUCAAGACCUGGAUGGCUAAGAUGGUGCCUGUUGGUGACAGCAGUCCCUCAAUACAAGGGUGCCAGUCUUCCAGUAGAUAGGAAAGUGGUUUUACUGUUAAGUAAGAGCUAUUUGUUGCAUGGCUUUUUGUAAACUUUAUUUUUCCUCCCAAAGGUGUACUGCUUCCUUAAAUU